AUGGAAUCAAGAUCAGAUGUUUGUUUAUUUGUAGGAUAUCCAAAGGGAAUGAAAGGUUACUACUUCUAUAAUUCUCUUGAUAAGAAGGUAUUUGUUAGCACAAAUGCAACCUUCUUAGAGGAUAAGUAUAUAAAAGAACACAAGUCUACUACUAAGAUUCUAUUGGAAGAGAUGUUAGAACAUGGUUCAAACAACUCAGUUCCAGAUUUCCGCAUAGAAUCUAAUAGUGAUGACUUGGAACCUCCUACUGAACCAAUGGUUGCUGAUGAAGCAAAUGAGCAAGUGAUGCCCACAGGGCCUCAUAGGCAAAUAAAACCAGAGGUAGUAGAAAAUGAGGCACCCAUUGUUGUAUGUCCACAUGUCCCUACAAAUGGGGAUAAUGAUGAUGUUGUUCCUAACCAAGGACGGGAUCAAACAGUGGAAAGAAAGGGAGGACCUUUGGUCAGACUGGACAAUCAGACACCUUCAACUAUUACUCGUAGUGGGAGGGUUGUGAGACCACCUUCUAGGUACUUGCUCUAUGGAGAAUCCUAUUAG